UUCUGAGAAAGAUUUGUACUUUGAAAUUCGAUUCUUUUUACGUAUGUCACACGUGCGAAUAAAGGAAGCAUUAAUACUUUUAUAACGGUCUUGACACUUCUUUUUUCUCACUGAUAUUGAAUUCUUCAGGACGAGCAUAUAUUUUCAACUACUGGAUAUAAGCGAGUCAAGCGUCAGGAUGAGAAUGGAUAAAAUACCGGGAUAUACUAUAUAUCGUGCCUAUUUAUAUUAUAAUCUUUGUACCGAAAGAUUCCGCUGAUACAGAUAUCCAUAUCAUAAGAAUAAGUUCACAUGCCUGAAAAAAAAGUGAAUCAAAAAUGACAUGAUUUGAAAUCGCAUGAUCGAUUUUUGUUCCUUGUUAGACAGAAAAAAAAAAUUAACAUCAGUUACUGAAUAUUAAAAAAUUUCUAUAACAUACAAUACCGUAAUGAUUGGUGAUCCCGGUGAGGAUGGUGAAGAUAAGGGUAAUCCUCUAGGGGAGUACGAAGGUGAACGUAAUGAACAAGGUGAAAGACAUGGCCAGGGAAAAGCUAUAUUACCGAAUGGUGAUUUUUACAUAGGAAACUAUUGUAAAGGUCUUCGGCAUGGCAAAGGACUCUACGUGUUUAGAAAUGGUGCGCGAUACGAUGGUGAAUGGAGACUAAAUGUUAAACAUGGUCAAGGUACCUUUUGGUAUCCGGAUGGAACUCGCUACGAAGGAGAAUGGAAAAGGGAUACCAAGUAUGGAUUUGGAUCAUAUUACUAUUCUAAUCAAGAUCUGUAUGAAGGAUCCUGGAAAAAGAAUCUUCGACAUGGACUAGGUACCUAUUUCUAUGCGUCAACAGGUACCAAGUUCAUGGGUACAUGGAUCAAGGACCGUAUGCAAGGUUUUGGCCAGCUUGUUUAUCCACGUCAUCGUUACCAUGGAUUUUGGCAGCUUAAUUUGCCUUACGGACGUGGAUGCUUUACCUUUGAGAAUGACUGCAUGCUGCACGGAUAUUAUACUCAUAUUCGUGAUCCUGAAUACGAUAAUGUAGAAAAUCAAGAAGUGAAUGAAUUCGAUAGGAUGCCCAAGGAUGCCGAGGAUAUGAAUACUAAAGAGGAUAUAAAUAAAGCAGAAAAGAUACAAAAUAACUUCGAGUCUCCACCACCUUUGAAAAAGGGUGUCCUGUCUCUUUGGCGAGUUCGUCACGUAACUCGAUACAAUCCUGAUUUAUUGCCACCGGAACCAAUUCCGCUCCAGGAAGAGGCAUCCGUUGAUUCCAUUCCGGACAAGUGCAACGAUGACUUCGAUGCUGUACAGGAGGAUCUAGAAAAGCUUGAAUAUUUGCAAUGUUCAGAAUACGAGUACACUGGUGAAUACGGUGAACACGAGUAUCAGGAAGACGACGAAGAGGAUAAAAUUCCACGUCCUGUAUAAGUAAUGUAAUCGUCUCUUAAAGUCAGAUUUGAAUAACAGCAUGAAGAAUGUCCACUUCAUUUAUACCUAUAGUUGUGACAAUUUUAUUUUAUAAUGGCAGGUAGAGAAAUACUAAUCGAGAUAGAAUAUGAGCCUUUAAGCCAUUUAUUUAAGAAAUUAUAAUAACGGAUACGUACAUGUUUUUACGUUGCACGUCUCGUAGAUAAUCUUUUAAACAUGUACUUCGAUUCUUUCUUUCACGCGAUUACAUUGUAAUAAUAUCAUCAAUUUAUACGUAGUAUUAACUUUAAAUGCUGUAUACAAAUGAUCCUUUUACCUUUCUAAGCAAUUUCUCUACGACGUUCCAUGUUCGACUUAAUUAUUAUCCGCCAAUUCCUUGUUAUGCUUACAUAAAUCAUUUGGUUUUCUUGACUUGUUAGAAGAACAAAAAU